UAGAAAUGGCUGUAAGUGACAGAAUAAACAGCGUGUCGUGCUUUAUUGCUCAUGGGCAUCAUGCAAUACACCCCCCGAGCGCACGGAUGCGCACACGCGUUGCCACAGCAGCGGACGUACGCGUGACGCAGGCGGGCUCCACACACUCUCCGGUAGCACAACAAUACAAGCUCUCGCCGCUCCCCCUCCUUACGCCUCGCUCUCGGUAUGGCGGACGGCGAGCGGUCCCCGUUGCUCUCGGAUCUCGGCGAUGGAGCUUUGGGCAGUGGUAACGGCGGGGUGUCUCCCGGAGCGGCUCCACACGGUGCUCCCAACAAACCGCAGAGUUUUCCUCCGUUCCCGAGCUCGACUCAACCCCCUGUGUUGAUGAGCGAGAACCCUCCACCGUAUUCCCCCCUGACGUCUCCAGAGAGUGGCAGUGCUCCAGUUAUCAGCUGUAGGGUGUGCCAGUCGCUCAUCAGUGUCGAGGGCAAAAUUCACCAACAUGUGGUCAAGUGUGGAGUCUGCAAUGAAGCUACACCCAUAAAGAAUGCCCCUGCAGGGAAGAAAUAUGUGCGGUGUCCUUGUAACUGUCUUCUCAUCUGCAAGGUCACAUCCCAAAGGAUCGCCUGCCCUCGGCCUUAUUGUAAGAGGAUCAUAAAUUUGGGGCCAGUCCAUCCGGGUCCAGCCAGUCCAGAACCACAACCUGCUGGAGCUAGAGUUUCCUGCGGACACUGCAGUAACACUUUCCUGUGGACCGAAUUUACUGACAGGACGCUGGCUCGAUGCCCCCAUUGCAGAAAAGUAUCUUCAAUUGGCCAGAGAUAUCCGAGGAGGCGGAGUCUGUGGUGUUACCUGCUGUGCUUGCUAUUUAGCAUCGCAGCUGCUGGUCUGAUUGCAGGGACGUGGUCCCAGGCACGUGUGUAUGGGGGUAUUUAUGCCUCCUGGGCGGCGGUGUUGUUGCUGGUGGUGUUGACGCUGGCCAGGGCACUUUACUGGAGCUGCAUGAGGGUCAGCCAACCUCUCCACAACCUCACAUAGAGAGAGAGAGAGACGCAGCAAGAGAGAGGGGGCUGAGAUUAGGGGUGGUGGGAAAAAAUAAAGUCCACAGGAAAAGAGCUAGAGAGAAUCAUGGUUAACUCUUAAAGCUUGAUUGUGAAGGCUGUAAUGAAGGGUCAAAGUAAAAUCCAGGCUCGAGAAACACGUGAAAAAAAACAAGCUAUUAUGGCAAAGAAGAUUAGUGUUUUAAACUUAUUUUUAUUCGGAAGCUUUCUUUGGAUGUGUUUUCAUCCGUGAAUAUGAACUGACUUGUUACUCAUGGUUACAUGCAAACGUGAAGUUAUGAUUCCAAAUGCUCCCUCAGUUUUAACCAUUUACACACAUAUAAAGAAUAUGCCACAUACUCUCAAACACACAUAACUCUAUGUACAUCUUAAACUACGCUACAAUACAGAGAAGACACCAAUUCAACCGCAUUCAAACCUUCAACACAACAUUAGCUGCCUCUCUAGUGUCCAAAUAAGCUCAGAAGCCUUACAAAGAGAGGUUGAUCUCCACUAGAGGGUGUUACAAAACCACACACAUACCUUUAUGUUCUGUCACACUGCCUGUUUCUCUGUACAAACACUGCUAAUCCAAAUCAUUUGUACCAGAACAUGAUUAACAAACGCGCAGAACCAUUGUGUAACUGAUUUUUCAAGUGGGCUCCAACACACUCUUUCUCCCUCUUUUUCUUUAGUUGUGAAUGUCAAAAACAGUAUUUUUUUAUAAUUGUGAAUUUUGUUUGUAAAUAUUUGUUGUUUAUUUCAUGAAUGACUGAACAGUUGCACUGUAGCUCUAACACGCUGUGAUUCCUUUUUUUAUGUUUUUAUUUAAUUUGCAAAAUCACUACUGAAAAAUCACUACUGAUAAUAUUUUGACUGGAACGAAUAUCGAGAUUACAGCCACAUGUACCUUCGGAAAGCAGAAAAAAAAAAAAAAGUGAUGAAGGUCAGCUGUGUUUCAUGGACUUUAUCAAAAGGGUCAUUUACCUUUCUUCUCAUGUACAUGUGAAGUUAAUCGUCAUUUUCAGGUACUGUAAGUUUGAUUAUGUUCGAACCCUGAUUAAGUGAUACUAAUGAGAUUAAUCAGACACUAGAUUUGGAUUCUAGACUCCAAGAUCAUUUUUCUCCAUCAGAAUUCAGAGUCUGUGUGGGUUUGUGUUUGUAAAGAUAGGAAAACACAAUUGAGAUGUUCUCAUUGCUGAUGUUCUUGCAUUAUAUUCCUCAUAAAUAUGCUAAAUACAUAUGGUCCUAACUGCAAAUCUGGAAUUCAGAAUCAGAGUCUGCAUUCUGUCCAUGAGAGAAAAUGUCAGUUCUGGACGUCUGGAAUCCCAAACAAGAGGUCAGGAUGUUAUUUAUAUAGAGCAGAAGGCCAAUGAUGGAGGUCUCCUCUGAAUUUGUUUACACAUGAGAUUAAGAUUACACAUAAUUAAAAUGAUGAUGAAGUUAUAAAACAGUGAAAACGCUUGUGUUGCGUCUCAUUUU